AUGGAUUCUUUUACAUAAAUUCUGCAAUUAAUUAAAAGCAAAUUAGGUGCCUAUAUAUUUAAUACCUUGAUUAAUGGUGGCAAGAUGGGAAUACUUAAAUUCUCUGUCCAUACUCUUCUCUUAGUAUAUGCUAUUCAUACUUACUUAAAGAGCAAGGGUUGGUUACCAAAGAAGAAAGUAACAGGACAACACAUUUUCAUUACAGGAAGUGGUAGUGGUAUCGGAAGACAAAUGGCAAUUAGAUUUGCUAAGCUUGGAGCUAAAGUAACCAUAGCAGACUUAAAUUUUGAAGGUGCCACAAAGGUUAUGAACGAAAUAAUUGCUCUUGGUUACCCUAAUUCAGCUAAAGCUUACAAAAUGGAUGUUUCUAAUGUAUAAAAUGUAAAGCAAGUAUUCGCUGAAGCCAAGUAAGAGUUUGGUCCAGUAGACAUAUUGAUCAAUAAUGCAGGUAUUGUUUCUGGUAAAAAGAUUUUAGAAAAUUCUGAAUUCAUGAUUGAAAAGACCAUCGCCGUUAACGUCACUUCUCAUCAUUAUACAGUCCGUGAAGUCCUACCUGAUAUGUUGUAGAGAAACAAAGGUCAUAUUGUAACAAUAGCUUCUAUUGCUGGUCAAAUCGGUGUCUGUGGUUUAGUUGACUACUGUGCUUCUAAGUUUGGUGCAGUUGGCUUUGACGAAUCUCUUCGUAUGGAAAUGAACAAGCUUAAGAAAAACAUUAAAACUACAUGCAUCUGUCCUUACUUUAUCAAUACUGGUAUGUUUGAUGGAGCAAAAACAAAAAUUCCUUUGCUUUUACCAAUCUUAGAAGAAAAUUGGACCAGUUAAAGAAUAGUUAAUGCCAUUCUUUAAGAAGAACCUAUGCUUGUUACACCCUUCUUAUUAAACAUUGCUAUUUUCAUAAAAUCUUUCCUUCCUGUUUCAGUCACUGACUUCAUCGGCGAUGUCUUAGGUGCCAACGAUUCUAUGAAUGACUUUAAAGGAAGAACCAAUAAACUUACUUCUGCAUAAUGA